AUGAAGGACCGCCGCACGCUGUCCUCCUACAGCUCCGUUUACAUUCCGCCGCACCACCGUUUACGCUCCGUCGCCAAUUUCAACAACUCUCCCUCUCCAGUUAGCGCCAAACCCCACGAAAACCCUACACACGCUGUUUCUACUCUGCAACCGUCGUUGACGGAACCAGUUCCCGAUAAGGCUCAUUCGCGUUUCGUUUCUGCUUAUGACGACACUGUUUCCGAGGAAGGCUCCGAUCGUGAAUUCGAACCUCCCUCGGUAACGAAUGCUUCCCUUAAUGAUAAUACGGAUGAGUGGAAGCGGAAAUUUACCGUGCUCUUAAAUGACAAGAGUAAGCACGAGUUGAUCUCGAGAGAGAAAAAGGAUAGGCGUGAUUUUGAGCGAAUAGCAGUUCUAGCAAGCAGAAUGGGGUUGUAUAGCCAUGUGUAUGCUAAGGUUGUUGUCUUCAGUAAGGUCCCACUUCCAAAUUACAGAUAUGAUUUGGACGAUCGGAAGCCUCAGAGGGAGGUGACCUUGUCUAUCACCACAUUUACCCGUGUUAAUGCAUAUUUUGAGGAAUAUCGUAGCCAAAAAUCCAGGAUGAGCAGAAGCUGCUCGGAUUUGUCAUCUGCAAGAUCAAGCAGUAAUGGCAGUAUUGGUAUGGAUGAGGGGCUUUUUAACCAUCCUGAGCCACUAGCAUCAAGUAAGGCUGUUAUGGAGAAAAUUGUUUGGCAGAGGAGCUUACAAAUGCGUGAUCAGCAGCAAGUUUGGCAGGGCAUGCUGGAGUGGGGCAAAACUGAAAACUAUGAUAGGUGGAACAAGUUUAUAUCUUUGGACCAUGAUUACUCCAUUUUGCUUGGUGUACACAUCUGGUACAUACCUGGUGCAGGACUACAAGAAUCUCCUGAAGGAAGUAGAAUGCUAGAAUUUCGUAGAAGUCUCCCAGCUUAUAAAAAGAAAGAAGCAAUCUUAUCAGUCAUAUCAAGGAAUCAGGUAGUUAUCAUUUCAGGCGAAACAGGUUGUGGCAAGACAACACAAAUUCCACAAUUUAUUUUAGAAUCUGAGAUAGAAUCAGUUCGUGGAGCUGCUUGUAAUAUCAUAUGCACACAGCCAAGACGCAUUUCAGCCAUGUCAGUUUCUGAAAGAGUGGCCUGCAUUUUGUUAAGAAGAUUACUAGCUGAUAGAAAGUUAAAAGGUGUAACUCAUGUUAUUGUGGAUGAAAUUCAUGAGCGAGGGAUGAAUGAAGAUUUUCUGCUUAUUAUCCUUAAAGAACUCCUUCCAUAUCGGCCAGAACUGAAACUGAUUUUGAUGAGUGCUACCCUGGAUGCAGAGCACUUUUCUUCGUACUUCAAUGGGGCUCCGACUAUGUUUAUUCCGGGCUUCACAUACCCUGUUAGAACUCAUUUUUUGGAGAACAUUCUUGAAAAGACGGGCUACAGAUUAACUCCUUAUAAUCAAAUUGAUGAUUAUGGUCAAGAAAGGAUGUGGAAAAUGAAUAGACAGGCCCCAAGAAAGAGGAAAAGUCAAAUUGCUUCCGUGGUAGAGGAUGCAAUUAGAGCUGCUGAUUUCAAAGGUUACAGUCCACGUACACAGGAGUCUUUGUCAUGUUGGAAUCCUGACUGUAUUGGUUUUAGUCUCAUAGAAUAUAUUUUAUGCAAUAUAUGUGAGAAUGAAAGGCCUGGUGCUGUUUUGGUUUUCAUGACUGGAUGGGAUGAUAUAAGCUCUCUGAAAGAAAAGCUCCUGACACAUACUGUCUUGGGAGAUCCAAACUGUGUUUUGUUGCUUACAUGUCAUGGCUCAAUGGCUAGUUCAGAACAGAGGUUAAUAUUUGAAGAGCCUGAAGAUGGAGUAAGAAAAAUAGUGUUAACAACAAAUAUUGCUGAAACCAGUAUCACAAUAAAUGAUGUUGUUUUUGUUCUUGACUGCGGAAAAGCAAAAGAAACAUCAUAUGAUGCCCUGAAUAACACGCCUUGUCUGCUUCCUACAUGGAUCUCUAAGGUUUCUGCUCAACAACCUUAUCUGGAAAUUUCCAUUGUGUUGAAAGGCCAGAGAAGAGGAAGAGCUGGUCGGGUACAACCAGGAGAGUGUUACCAUCUCUACCCUAGAUGUGUGUAUGAUGCUUUUGCAGAGUAUCAGUUGCCAGAAAUUUUGAGAACACCUUUGCAAUCUCUCUGUUUACAAAUUAAAAGUCUACGACUUGGAAGUAUAUCUGAGUUCUUGUCCAGGGCAUUGCAGUCUCCUGAGAUACUUGCGGUACAAAAUGCAAUUGAGUAUUUAAAAAUAAUUGGAGCUUUGGAUAAAGAUGAGAAUCUCACUAUUCUAGGGCGCUAUCUGACAAUGCUUCCUAUGGAGCCCAAACUCGGCAAGAUGCUAAUAUUAGGUGCUAUUUUCAAUUGCCUGGAUCCUAUAUUAACUGUUGUUGCUGGGCUUAGCGUGCGAGAUCCUUUUCUAACACCAUUGGAUAAAAAGGAUCUUGCAGAGGCAGCAAAAUCUCAAUUCUGUGGUGCAUACAGUGACCACCUUGCACUUGUAAGGGCAUAUGAAGGCUGGAAAGAUGCUGAAAUGGACCUGGGUGGAUAUGAAUACUGCUGGAAAAAUUUUCUUUCCUGGCAAUCCAUGAAAGCUAUUGAUGCUCUUCGGAGAGAGUUCAUAUGUCUGCUCAAGGAUACUGGAUUAGUUGACAGCAGCGCAGCUAGCUGCAAUGCAUGGGUCUCCGAUGUAAAUCUUAUCCGAGCAGUUAUUUUCUAUGGUCUAUAUCCUGGAAUUGGUUCUGUUGUGAAUAACGAGAAAUCAUUCUCUUUGAAAACAAUGGAGGAUGGUCAAGUGCUCCUAUAUUCGAACUCAGUGAAUGCUCGGGAAACUAAAAUUCCAUAUCCAUGGCUAGUUUUCAACGAGAAGAUAAAAGUGAACUCAGUUUUUCUCCGUGAUUCAACAGCAGUGUCUGAUUCAGUGGUUCUUCUAUUUGGUGGAAGCUUAUUGAAAGGAGAUGCUGAUAAUCACUUGAAAAUGUUGGGAGGAUAUCUUGAGUUUUUUAUGGAUCCCAGUGUUGCAGAAAUGUAUCAGAGUAUUAGGAGAGAACUUGAUGCCUUCAUUCAGUGCAAACUACUUUUUCCCAGAAUGGGCAUACAGUGGUAUCAUGAUCUCCUAUCUGCAGUACGGCUGCUAAUUUCAGGUGACAAAUGUGAAGGUCGAUUUGUAUUUGGUCGCCAGGUCCUUAAAUCAUCAAAGAAAUCUGUUAUGAUGGCCUCACAUCCAACCUUGGUUUCAAGGACUGAGAGUGGACCUGGGGGAGAUAAUUCUAAAAGUCAGCUCCAAACCUUGCUUACAAGAGCAGGAUAUGCGGCACCCGUCUACAAGACUAAACAAUUGAAGGACAGUCAGUUUCAGGCUACAGUUGAAUUCAGUGGAAUGCAGGUAAUAGGUCAACCUUGUAACAAUAAAAAGAGUGCAGAAAAGGAUGCUGCAGCAGAGGCACUGCAGUGGCUGAUGGGUGGAAAGCAAACAGGCAGGGAGUAUAUCGAUCACGUGUCGAAGUUACUUAAGAAAAGUAAGAAGGAUCACAAUUGA